UCUGGCCCAAUUGGCUUCAACCACAAAACUCUUUCUUCGUUGACCUUCUCUUGUCACGAAAAUGAUGACGUCUUCGUCUUCUUCUUCUUCUUAAGAAAGAGAGAUUCAGAGUGGAGACUUAUGGAAGGAGUUUUAGAUGACGAGAAUUUGGUAUUCGAAACCACCAAAGGGAUCAAACCAAUUAAGAGUUUCGAUGACAUGGGCAUGAAUGAUAAAGUUCUUCGCGGCGUUUAUGACUACGGUUACAAGAAACCAUCUGAGAUUCAGCAGAGAGCCUUGGUGCCGAUUCUAAAAGGAAGAGAUGUUAUAGCUCAGGCUCAGUCUGGUACUGGUAAAACCUCCAUGAUUGCAAUCUCCGUCUGUCAAAUCGUCAACACUUCUUCCAGAAAGGUUCAAGCCUUGGUGUUGUCUCCAUCAAGAGAGUUGGCUUCACAAACAGAGAAGACUAUACAGGUUAUUGGGGCACAUACCAAUAUUCAGGCGCAUGCCUGCAUUGGUGGUAAGAGCAUUGGAGAAGAUAUCAAGAAGCUGGAGCGUGGUGUCCAUGCUGUGUCUGGGACACCUGGUCGAGUUUACGAUAUGAUAAAGAGAGGAAGUUUACAAACUAAAGCUGUUAAACUUUUGGUUCUGGAUGAAUCAGAUGAAAUGCUGAGUAAAGGUUUGAAAGACCAGAUUUAUGACGUUUACAGAGCUCUUCCACACGAUAUUCAGGUUUGCUUGAUUUCUGCUACUCUUCCUCAAGAGAUUUUGGAGAUGACAGAAAAGUUUAUGACAGAUCCUGUGAGGAUUCUUGUGAAGCCUGAUGAAUUGACUCUUGAAGGAAUUAAACAAUACUAUGUUGAUGUUGAUAAAGAAGAGUGGAAAUUUGAUACUCUUUGCGAUCUUUAUGGAAGGCUUAUUAUUAAUCAAGCUAUUAUCUUCUGCAACACAAGACAAAAGGUGGAUUGGCUUACUGAAAAGAUGAGGAGUAGCAAUUUCAUAGUCUCAUCAAUGCAUGGAGACAAACGUCAGAAGGAGAGAGAUGAAAUCAUGAACCAGUUUCGGUCAUUUAAAAGCCGUGUUUUAAUCGCCUCAGAUGUAUGGGCACGAGGGAUCGACGUUCAAACUGUUUCUCAUGUCAUUAAUUAUGAUAUACCCAACAACCCGGAGCUAUACAUUCAUCGUAUAGGACGAGCGGGUCGUUUUGGUCGUGAAGGUGUUGCUAUUAACUUUGUAAAAUCUUCAGACAUGAAGGAUCUUAAGGAUAUUGAGCGACAUUACGGUACCAAAAUCCGCGAGAUGCCAGCUGAUCUUGUCUAGAGAUUUUGUUUCCUUGAAGCUGAAGCUAAAGUUUUGUCCUUCAACUUUUUUGUUCUGAACUCCAUUGUUUUAGAUUUAGGCAUAAAAGCUCUUUGAGACAAUGUGCAUCUAAAAUGUAUACUUCACUUCGUUCUUGUAGCAACCAUAAUAUUAUUGUAGCUAUUUAUACAUUUGAAAUUUUGUUCUAUUUAGAAA